AUGGCGGAUGAUUUGGAUGCUGAGUUGCUCGCUUUGGCGGGUGACUCUGAGGAGGAACACUCACCUCCCCCAAAGUCCCCAGCACACUCAUCCUCCUCUCACAACCAAGAUCGUGAGCAUUCACCAGACGCCAUGGGUCGCAAAGGGACCGCCAAACCGGUUUCCCGCCGGGCUCGGAAGCCGAAGAAUGAAUCUGAGGGAGAAAUCUCCGACGAUGGAUCCCACCACUCGCUCCAAUCCGCACCCAUGUCUGAGUCCGAGGCGGAAUCAGAUAACUCUGGCGACGAUGAGGAUCGCCCAAUCUUCCCAUACGAUAAGCUGUACUACUCGGCGCAAGAUAAGAGAGACAUCAUGGCCAUGCCUGAAAUCCAACGGGAGGAAACCUUGUCUGAGCGUGCGCAACAAGUCGACCGACACCAUCAGGACCUCGCUCUUCGUCGCCUGCUGGCCUCUCGAUCCCGGGAUGAAGCCCGAGCUGCUAAGAAAGCGAAGCGUAAGGCUGGUUCAGCUGGCUUAGAUGAGAACCAGCGCAAAAGCUCUCGCCAGAAGACGACCCUCGGUGGUCGCAAGGUUGGAGAAACCUCUGGGGCCAUCGAAGCCUACAAACGCCAGCGUGAACAGAAGGGUAAGCGGGAUGAGCUCCGCCGCCGCGACCCAACCCAGUCACGCCGUCGCUCUCGCUCCAUGGGAUCAGAUGUCUCGGAUGAAGACGCUGAUGCCGAAAGUGAUCUCGAACUGGAUGACCGUGUUGGGCGUACCCCCUCCAUCCCCAAGGACGACCCUCCCGCCGAGCUACGUGACAUUCAGCGCGCCCGUGUUGGCCGAAGCAACUUUGCCCAGGUCUGCUUCUACCCCGGAUUUGAGGGUGCUAUGACCAACUGCUACGCCCGUGUCAAUGUUGGACCUCACCAUGAGACCGGUCAACUGGAAUACCGCAUGUGCCUCAUCACUGGUAUCACCACAGGAAAGCCCUAUGCCAUAGAUGCUGCCAAUGGCCGUCCAUUUGUUACAGACCAGUACGCCAAGCUGGCACACGGAAAAGCCAUCAAGGAGUUCCCAUUCAUUGCAUGUUCAGACUCUCCAUUCACCGAGGCUGAAUACAAUCGUUACCGCAAGACUCUGGCUGUUGAAGAUCUGAAGAUGGCGACCCAGGGAAAGCUUGCUGCAAAGGUCGUUGAUAUCAACAAUCUUAUUAACCACGAAUUCACUCGGGAAGAGCUGAAUGAGAAGCUACGCCGCCAAGGUGCUUUCGAUCAAAAGAAAAAUGUGCUCAAGCGCGUCGAUGUCGAGCGGGAUCUAUCAUUCGCCAAAGCCAAUGGCCAAGCCGAAGAAGUCGAGCGACUGGAGAAGGAACUGCAUGAGCUCCUCAACCCUAACCUCUCUUGGGGAACUACUUUGGUCAAGAAAGAAUCGGACACCAAGGUCCUUUCGGAGGCUGAGCGUGUUCAUCAAAUUAAUAUCCGCAACCAAAAGCUCAAUUACGAAAAUGUCCGUCGUGCCCAGAUUGAGGAGCGAAAGGCCGCCCGCAAGGCUGCAGCUGCAGUUGCUCGCGGAGAAGCUGUUCCGAACCCCUUCAUGCGAGUUCGAACAGUGGCGAAGACUCACCACGAUGUCAAUGAUGCAUCCAAGACCGACAGUCCUGCUGAAACUCCCGCAGACGCCUCCAAGGACCCUGCUAAGCCGAAUGGCAGCUCAGCACCCACAGUUAAGACCACCCCAAUCAAGCCCAAGAACGGCUUCAUGAUCAGCUACCGCAACAAUGAUGACGAAAAUAUCGCCGCGCUUGAUUUGGAUAUCGACAUCGAAAUCUAA